AUGAACACAAUACGAGAGAUCAAUCGAAUCAACGAGAGGGAACUUCAACUAGGUGUAAAAGGGUCAUGGCAUGAUGAAUACAAAGACUCGGCAUAUGUUUUUGUAGGAGGAUUAUCACAUGACUUGACAGAAGGAGACAUCUUGACUAUAUUCUCACAAUGGGGCGAGAUAAUAGAUAUCAAUUUACCGAGAGAUAAAGAAACUGGUAAAGCCAAAGGAUUCUGUUUCCUGAUGUAUGAAGAUCAAAGAAGUACUGUUUUAGCUGUAGAUAAUAUGAAUGGAGCUCAAGUGCUGAGCAGGAUAAUAAGGGUCGAUCACACAAGAAACUACAAACAACCCGGUAAACGUAAUGAUGAGGGUGAAUAUGAAGAACCCGAAGAACCAACAUAUAACGCUAUGCCACCUAUAUUAUCUGAAUCUGAGUCUGAUGAUAGCUCAGAAGAUGAGAAGGAUAAUUUGGAUGAAGAAGAUCCAAUGGCAGCGUUCAUUCGAGCUGAAAAGAAAAAAGACAAGUCAAAAUCAAAAGGGAAAGCAAAAGAACUCACUCAAGGUGAAAAAGGGAAAAAGAGAAAACACGAUGGCGAAAGUAAAGAAGAUAGGAAAAAGCGAAAAGAGGAAAAGAGAGCUAAGAAAGAAGAUAAGAGCAAGAAGAGAAUAAAAGUGAAAGAGGAAGAAAAGGAAGGUACACCUUUAUGGAGAAAGGAAUCUCGUGAUACAGAUGGAUCGUCAAGGAAGGACAGAGAUGCCGUUGAUAGAAAAGAAGAAGAUAGGAAAGGAAGAGCGAAUAGAGAUAAUUGGAGAGAUGGGAAAUUCGAAUUAGAGCGCGAAGAAAGAGAAAGAUCAAGAGAAAGAGACACGGAAUGGGAACGGGAACGACUUGCUUCGGAUCGAACGAAAGACCAACGGGAAAAAGACCAAGGUAUAUCGAGAAAUCGAGCUGUGAGAGGUACAGAUGAAAGACGAUAUGAUUCACGAGAAAGAUCUUACGAGAAGGAUAGAGUAGAUCGAAGAGAUCGAUAUAGGGAUGAUGAUAGGGAUAGACGUAGAGAUGACCGAGACAGGGACGAUAGGCCUAGAGAUGAUUAUUCUCGGGAUAGAAGAGGAGACGAUCGCGAUAGAAGAAGGGAUGAUCGCGAUUACAGGCGAUAA